AACAAUGUCUGUGCCUUUGAGGAACGCAGUUUUUCACAUGGAGUCAGUGGUAAAUGAAUUACGGUUCCGGAUCGUUGCAUAGGCGUUGGCGCGCACAUAUUUUACUGCAGGCCGAAAUUACCGAGUGCCUACGCGUUCGUGCAUACUCGUAUAUCUCAAAUUAAACGUUGAAAAUUUGCAAUUUACAAUGAAGGUGGCUGCACACGUCACGAAGAAUUGGUUGCAACGUCAGGAAGUGCGUUUACAGAAUAUUAAAGUGUGGCUGCGUGGUAGAAAAGUGGGCAGUGGUGUGCUGGAACUGAAAGAAUGGAGUGCAAAGCCAAAAUCGGGAAAGCAACGUAAAAGGCAAAUUUGUAUGUUGCGAGUACGAAAUUUAUUUCGCCGCGGCACAAAAAAGGAUUAUGAACAUUCGGGCAGUUUUUUGGAGGCCAUCGGACCGGUCUUGCUGCUCGCUCAGUUCUUCGCCCUAAUGCCUGUUUGUGGUAUAUUAUCGAAGACGGCGUCGAAUAUGUAUUUUUCCUGGAAAUCUGUGCGCACCUGUUACGCAUUGCUGGCGAUAUUCUGCCUUGGACCGGCCAGCUUGUGCACCAUCACUUUUGCUUUUCGCGAACACUUUAAUUUCGACACAGUGGAAGCAAUCGUCUUUUAUGUUUCAAUAUUUCUAAUAGCGUUGGCAUUUUUCCAAUUGGCUCGCAAGUGGCCGGCGUUGAUGGUGCAGUGGGAGAGUAUUGAGUGCCAGUUGCCACCGCUGAAAACUGAAAUGCAGCGUGCAGCGUUGGCCCAUCGGAUAAAAAUGAUCACCCUGGUGGCGAGUAUGUGCUCCGUGGUGGAACACUUGCUUAGCAUGUUGGGCAUUAUAUAUUACGUGAAUGCGUGUCCGGCCAUACCAGGACACCCUAUUCAGAGUUUCCUAUACAGCAACUGGUCGCAGUACUUCUAUUUCUUUGAUUACACCGACCUGGCGGGCAUCUUCGGCAAAGUGUUGAAUGUAAUAUCGACGUUCGCGUGGAAUUUCAAUGAUAUAUUCGUGAUGGCUGUGAGCGUGGCGCUGUCAGCACGUUUUCGCCAACUCAACGAGCAUAUGAUGCGUGUCGCCAAGCGGCCAACAACGGAAAAAUUCUGGAUUGAAAAUCGUAUAAAUUACCGUAAUUUGUGUAAAUUAUGCGAAGCAACUGACGACACAAUUUCUAUUAUCACACUGCUGUGUUUCUCCAAUAAUUUGUUUUUCAUAUGCGGUAAAAUUCUUAAGAGUCUGCAGAAGAAGCCUUCUUUUUCACACACCAUGUACUUUUGGUUUUCAUUGGGCUUCCUUUUGAUGCGCACCUUAAUGUUGUCUUUGUAUAGUGCUGAAAUUCAUGAUGAAUCGAAACGUCCGUUGGUAGUAUUUCGAAGUGUUCCAAGUGGGUCCUGGUGUCGUGAGCUUAAACGCUUCUCAGAAGAAGUGACCACAGAUGUGGUUGCACUGUCGGGCAUGAAAUUCUUUCAUUUGACACGAGGUCUUGUGCUUUCGGUAGCGGGCAGCAUUGUGACUUACGAAUUAGUUUUAUUGCAAUUCAAUAAAGAGGAUAAAGUAAACGAUUGCUACGAAGGUUGAGCGUCUAAAUGCAUACUGUAUAUUUAUUUGAAAUAUGUAAUAAAACUGUAAUGAAAGUGUAUUUCAAUAAGGAUGGCCAAGCAUAACUGAGAAGCAACGACAAAAAUGGAUGUUUCGAACUGUAGUUAACAAAAAAGUCAAUAAAAUACACUUUAUAAAGAAAUCGCUUAAGGACUAAAUUCGUUUCUUAAAAGGCAAUAUUUCCUUUUAACCAUAAAACCAUAUAAACAUAUUGGUGGGGAAGUUGUUAAACCCUUAGAGUAGUCAUAAA